UAAUGUGUAGAAUCCCAGACGUGUCUCUUGUAGUAUUCAACAAUAAGACACAAUCAUCUUCUUGGGCAUCCGACUACUCAAAUAUUUUGCAAUGCUCGACGAACAACAUGGCAUCAAACUCCGGCGGUAUGAACCCUGAACAUGCUGAAGCUGAAAGUGAAAACACUUCGCAUUCCACCAGUGAGGUGGAAGAAGAAAUGGAGGUGGUCGACCCUGAGAACAGUGACAUGGAAGAAUCAGAUGGUGAGGGCGGGGAGCGGAGGGUGUAUCUCCCGGGGGAUCCGCUUGAUGAAGGAGAGAUGCUCGUCCGUGACGACUCCGCCUAUCAUAUGUAUCAUCAAGCACAGACUGGUGCUCCUUGUCUUAGUUUUGAUGUUUUGAGAGACAGUCUUGGAGAGAACCGCACCUCCUACCCCCACACAGUCUUUGCUGUUGCUGGCACCCAGGCAGAGAAGGCACAUCUCAACAACGUCAUCAUCAUGAAGAUGACAAAUCUGCAUCGUACUAGCCAAAAGGACGACGAUGAUGACAGUGACGAGGACAGUGACAGCGACGAUGAGGACAGUAAGCCAGAGCUAGAGACGGCAAUGCUGAAACAUCUAGGCUCUGUCAACAGAAUUCGAAGCACUGACAUUGGUCAGAAACAGGUAGCAGCGACUUGGGCCGACACCGGCACAGUCCACCUGUGGGAUUUGACCUCUGCCCUCCAGGCUGUCAAUAAUGCCCACCUCAUGGGGCGCUUUAUGAGGCAGGAAUCCCACAAGCCUUUGUUCUCAUUCACCGGUCAUCAGAUUGAAGGGUAUGCCAUAGACUGGUGUCCAACCGCAUCAGGAAAUUUGAUUACUGGUGAUUGUCGGAGAAACAUCCACCUUUGGAAGUUACAGGAAGGAGGGGAAUGGUCCGUAGACCAGCGACCAUAUGCCGCUCACGCAGAGUCAGUGGAAGAUUUACAGUGGUCACCUAAUGAGAAAAAUGUUUUCGCCUCAUGUUCAGUUGAUAAGAGUAUCCGGAUCUGGGAUGUACGGGCAACACCUAGCAAGGCGUGCAUGAUAACCAUGAAAGAAGCCCACAGCAGUGACGUCAAUGUCAUCCACUGGAACAGGAAAGAUCCGUUCAUCCUGUCUGGAGGUGACGAUGGUGUACUGAAUGUCUGGGACUUAAGACAGUUCCAGAAAAAAGCUCCACCAGUUGCCAAGUUCAAGCAUCACACCGGGCCAAUUACUUCCGUGGAAUGGAACCCUCAGGACAGUACUGUGUUUGCAGCAGCAGGGUCUGAUGACCAGCUCACCCUCUGGGAUCUGUCAUUAGAACGUGAACGGGAAACGGCACCAGAAGGCGAGAGUGGACAAUCUCGACUGGACGGUAUCCCCCCUCAGCUGCUGUUUGUCCACCAGGGGCAGAGCGACAUUAAAGAACUUCACUGGCACCCUCAGAUCCCUGGUGUCCUUAUCAGCACGGCUCAUAGUGGUUUCAAUAUAUUCAAAACCAUCAGCGUUUAGCACUGAUCGCUGAUCCUCAAGAAACAUUGUUUGUAUAUUUUCUGCAGUAAUGAGUCAACAUUGGAACUCUUUAGCACUGAAAAGACUUCUGGAUUUUCAGAGCCUUUCGGCAAUACCUUUAACCUGAGGAAAGUAGAUAAUUUUAACCAGCAUAGCAACCAUUACAUAGUUAUUGCUAUUAUUGUGUUCACCAUGCCUUUCAUAACAGGUGGCCUUAUCAUGUCCUGAUGAACAUGCCCAUUUUCCCUUCAGUUAUCAAUUCAGAGGAGUAAGUGAAAAGUACUCCAGUAGUAUUUUUAAACCUUUACAUAAUAAACAACAGAAACUGUUGGCUUCAUGUAAAAAAUGAUUAAUUUAUUUCACAAAAACAUUUCUGUGAUAGCCAAUUCCAUCAGACCGGAAUAUUACACAAUAAAUACUUGCAAAAUUAUACAUUGAAAAAUAUUACCAUGGCAACUUACACCAUUAAAAUAAACCUUGGAAUGAGCAGAGUCAUUUCCUGCCACCAUUGUAAUAAGAUCAGUCUCAUGGUCUUUAUAGAUGAAAGAACCACCUUCACCCAUAAAAUAAAAAAAUGAUCAUUGUUAAGUAAGAACUUCAGUAAGUGUACUUAAGCAAGGCUAACUCUAAUAAACUAGGGAGAUCCAAGUCGAGCGUGUUCAAAAGGAGUUGGAGAAGUAACUCCUUGUCUGGAAAGCCCGGUGUGCAAGCUUAUAUCUGAUAAACACUAAAAUUUCUGCAGCACCACCAUAUGGGAUACGAACCAAAUGUGCGUAUUCAAAAUUUGAAAAGAGUUGAAAGGCAAUACUGAAAAAUACUUAGAUCAACAAAGUCGUCUUAAUAUUGGUUGAAUUCCUGUUCACUUAUCACAGUCAUCAUAACAUAACAAUGGAUGAAAAAAAACCAUAUUUUUAUGUCUCUCAGCCUCUGUACACAAACAAAAUGGGCCAUAAAAUGUACAUAUAUGGAAAGCGUAAAUUAUGUCACUUUUACAUGAUUAGAUUUCUAUGAGGAGACACCGUUACUGCAAUGGUAUGAGAGUCCUACGCACGUUCGUUGACCACUUCACACUGGAGAGUAAGGAUGUAAAUAUAAUCUGGUGAUCGGUAGACCUGUACACAGGCCUGGCAGAUGGGUCAAAGCAUCAA